UAUGUUUUCUCUCCAGUGCCUACAGAUAUUGAAGGUGUGAUUUGUAGAUCAUGCAACCUUUCACUCCCCUUCCAUGGAUGUCUUUUAGACUUUGGAACCUGCAGAACAAAACCUGGUCAGUACUGUAUAAAACAGGUCCACACGAGAGGUGGAAUUCACUGGUUUUCAGUCAAAGGCUGCACGGAGAGCGGCAAGGAGUGCUUCAGGCGAGUGGUGACACAUCAGAACAGUCAGAUUACUCACUGCUGUUAUCGUUCUAUGUGCAAUCUCUGA